AUUGUUUUGGUACCACAGGCUCAACAAAUAAACUGACCAGCCUGAGCUCUGAUGCACCUGAAUCAUUCCUUCCUAACAUUUGUAAGGAACUGAUUGUUUUGGCUUUGGAUGUAUUUGAACAUACCGGUGAAGAAGAGGAGAGCAUGGCGCAGAGCCUUUUGGAGACACUGUUCACAAUUCAUACUGGAGUCAUUGCUCUGACAAAGGCUUAUGAGCAAGAUGAAGACAGUCAAGACAACUUUUUUGUGACUGAUCAAGCUGCUCAGUCCUGCAUCAUCAUCAUUGUGUCAGCUUUCAAACAGAUUAUACUUCUAACCAAGCACUGGGGAAACUGUUUCAGAAAAAAUGAGGAAUUUGUAAAUAUUUAUGAAGAAAUGAGAGAAGAUGUGAAACAUUUGGGAGGAUACCUGCAGUUGCUUUUCCAGGGCAGCAGUUCAGAUUUGCCAUUAAUGGUAGCAGAGGCACAGAAGAAAAUAAAGGAGACAUUGAGAGAGAUGGUGAACUAUAUCGGACACUUAGCAGCACUGUCUGGCUGUGGCUUGCAUUUUGGGGUGGAAAACACCAGAGAGGCAAGGGAUCCAAAGGUAAAAAGAUGGCAUUUAUGCAAAGUUUAACAGCUUGAAUAACAAGCAAAAGCUUAAUUCAUCGGUGGUACUGCAACGUAAGGAUAUUCAU